GUGGAUGUGAUGUGAUUGUUUCGCUGCUUGUGUAGUGUAGUGUAGAAGCAAAUUGGGCGUUGUUGGCUUUAGUUUAUUAGUGGUAUAACUCAAUGAAAAAUACAAAUCGUAAAAAUGUGUUGUUUGGAAAGAUGUAAUUUACAUUUAUGUGGACACGAGCAGUAGUAAACGCAUUUGUGUUUGAAACAUUACAAUGAAUUAAGUGUUACUUUUACGUAGUAUCCUUUUCCAAUAUACGUUUAAUUGAUUUUAUGCAAGACUACUUAAAACAUUUAUAAGUAAUGCCGGAGCAAAGUAACGAUUAUCGCGUUGUAGUUUUCGGUGCAGGCGGUGUGGGUAAAAGUUCUUUGGUACUACGUUUUGUAAAAGGCACGUUUAGAGAGUCAUACAUACCGACAAUCGAGGACACAUAUAGACAAGUGAUAAGCAGUAACAAGACAAUAUGCACGCUGCAAAUAACGGAUACGACGGGGUCGCAUCAGUUUCCUGCGAUGCAGAGGUUAUCUAUCAGCAAGGGCCACGCGUUCAUAUUAGUCUACUCCGUGAGCAGUAGACAGUCUCUUGAGGAGCUUAAGCCAAUAUGGCAGACGAUAAAGGAGAUAAAGGGCGCCGAUCUGCCCAGUAUCCCGGUGAUGCUGGCAGCAAAUAAGUGUGACGAAAGCCCAGAAAUCAGAGAAGUAUCUGCGAGCGAGGGGCAGGCUCAGGCACAAAUGUGGGGCGUCUCCUUUAUGGAAACAUCUGCUAAAACGAAUCAUAACGUCACACAGCUUUUCCAGGAAUUACUGAACAUGGAAAAGAAUAGGAACGUCUCCCUUCAAGUAGAUGGCAAGGGAAAGAAAAAGAAAGACAAAGUAGUGAAAGACGGCGGCGAAGCUUCAGCGAGCGGGAGGGAAAAAUGCUGCGUCAUGUAGUGUUACAGUGGGUAACUCUUCAAUUUAUUAUAAGUAGGCCCAUUACCUUAUACCUAAUUAUUUAUUCAGUCACAUUAAAUCUAGUCAUUAUUAAUUCAUAUCUCGAGGAUUUCGCACGACAUAGCAUAAUUAUGGUAACGCAUAGGUAAUAUAAAUAAAAUUAUAGGUACUAUAAUUAUGCCUUUAAAAUAAUUAUUAAUAAUAAAAGAUUGUGAUGAAACUGGACAGUCAUCAGAAUGCAUGAUUUGCUAAUAAUUAAAAAAAUAUUUACACUAGUUGACUUGUUUAAUAAUGACUGACGUGAUUCAUUAAUAAAGAGAUGAGUGGAUAUCCUGUAACGAUAGUGUGAAAAUACAACGAAAUGAAGUCUAUAGGACUUGCUGUUAAUUGAUUUCGUAUCCCGAAUACAGUUAGUCGUUAAUUAUCCGAUGCUAAAAUAUUGUGCAGUGAGUGAUACCUACGACUUUUUUUGUGAUCUCUUCGUAAUGUUUUUUGUCCUAUUUUCACUCUCUCCUCUCUCUCUCUGAAUUCUUUUACCGACUCUGCGGUAUUAUUUAAGAAGAUAAAUUUUAUACCAUGUACUUAAAGAAGUGAUCUCAUGUUUUUGGAAUUGUAUCUUGUAUAACGUGUGCUAACAUGUAAAUUUCUGUACCUAUUUAACAUAAUAACAUGAAUUAUAUCGCUCAUUAGAGAACAUGUUCUGAUUAUUAAAUAAAAUUUGGUGAUCUAUUAAGGCCAUUGUAAUUCACUGGUUAAAUAAAGAACCGUCUAACUAUAGAAUUUGAGUCUAUUUACAUACCUACUAGACCAAAAAGAGAGUAGUUCCUAAUGAAGUAGAAAAAAGCAUAUUGGAAUAUUUCCUGUGCCAAAUUUUAGCCCAGACAUAGAAAAGAUUAGCAUUUGUACUUGACAUACAUUAACGUCAAAUAACAUACGUAUUUUCAUUUAAAACAUUGUAAGCCAUUUUUUUCACAUUUUGUUACAAAAUAAGGCAGAGGACAUUGAAAAGACAAAGCUCUGAAAGAAAAUCCUUCACUCUUGAAUAUUUUUUAUAGAAUGCUAUCUAUAUUUACUAUAAACCACUGCGCUGGUAAACAUCACUUCUCAAACUUUCUAAAUUAUGUAAACUCAAGUUAUAAUAGUAAAAGUAUUUUCUUUACACUAACGUACCAUGUAUGUAGGUACCGUACCGUAUCCACUUCAAGUUUUUAUACUUACAUAUUUAAGUAUUUAAGUCACGGAUAAUGUGGUAUAAUAUAUAAGUAGCAUUUGCCUCGAAACGUAGCCGUCGCUAGUUUAUAAUGCACCUAAUUUAUCAUUCACCAAAACAUAUCCAAGUAGUCCAGUUUUAAAAUAUUAUCUACAUACUACUCAAAUGGCCGUUGAAUUUAUUAUUCGAAAAUAGAUCUUAGGAGCAACGCCUUUGCACGUAUUUGUGCCCGAAUCUUCAACGAAUUGUUCAUAUUGUAUAUUUUUAUGUAUAUUGUGUUCACUCAUAUAUUGCAUGGUAAAAGUAGUAGGUACAAGUAGACUGGAACAAUCUUUAAGUACGUACAUUAUGUCUAAAGUGAAGUUCAAUAGGACAAAGUAUUUACCUUCAUUGCUUUAUUUUUACUUAAAAUAUAUAUGUUCAUUAUUAAUAUUUCAGAGAAAACAACCUUAGUAAAAAUAUUAGGUUAAAAUAUAUGAAAUGCUAACAAAAUCUGUCAUAUUUGUUUACAUCAGACCAUGAUUAUUUAAUAAAAGAAUCAAUCAAUCAAUGAAGGUUGUUUUAUGUCUUAUUAUGGGAGUUAUAGUAAACAUAAAGGAGACGAAAUUAGACACGGUGUUAACGACGGUAGUUAAUAUGUUUGGCGUGUCAGGCACAUAUACAUUUUUGUACACUUAUCAUUUCAUUUGUGCACGAUAUUAACAAUUUAAUUAAUAUAACAAGUUGCAUUAAUAAUAAAGUUGUUAAAUGCUGUGUUGUUAUAGUCGGACCAAGUUUUUUCAUGUUAAUUGAUGUAAGUUAUAAAAACCUAAUUUCAUUUAGUGUCUAAAGUCUAAACUUUAGUUAAGAUACAUCGGUUAAGAUAUAUUUUAUACGCUCUCUCUGUCUCUUUUAUACUGUGACUAUACCUGCUUUUGCUAUUUUCAUACAAAUAUUUCUAUUUAUGCUAUAUGUCUAUUAAUUAACAAUUUAACACUAUGGCCUUUAAAAACUAAAACUUCUUUUAAAAUACUUCAUUCUGUAAACAAUCAGCUUACUAUUUUCUUACAUUCCCUUUUCCCACUGGGUCGAUUAAUCUUUGCUUUUUGUUGUUAAUUCAGUCCCGUUAGCCAGGAGACAUAAUUGACAAUAUUAACAAGUAACAUGCUUCAGUCUCAUUUUAUUGGAGUUAAUAAAAUAAAAUUGAAAACUUCUAGGGACUGCAGACUGCGCGAUUCGUGAAAAUUGUAUAGUUACUGAAGUUAGAAAACGGCUAGUAUCAAACAAAGAUACGAAAAACCUUUCAAAAGGGUUAAAGUUGCUAUUAUUUUGUAACCUUUGCUAAAAUCAAACUACUACUGAACGUACAAAUUAACAACAAACCAAACACAACAAAAUUUAGCUACUUACCUACAUCCAUUGCUGCACGGGCUGUGCCCACCAUAGUUUCAUAAUUCACUGGUGAAAUGAAAUAUCAGUGUAUUUAAAACUGGAAUUGUAAUGUAGUACGUUUAUACAUGUAAAUUGAAAUUAAUUAAUGCCACAAAAUAAAUAUUAAAUCACUGUGACCCAACAAUGACUGUGACAAUGAAUACAAGAAAAAGUAAAUUGCUCCACAAUAGGUACAUAACGAAAUAGUAAGCUUAUUGGCUUAAAAUAAGAGUUCUUUCCUAACUAAUUCUACCUAUAUGUACUUACUGCCUACGCAGUCAAAAUGUUUAUAAUAAAAGCAGUAAUAUUAAUAGCAAACCAUAAACAAUAGUACUAAGCAAAAUUUUCCAAUUGCCUGUUUCAGUAUUAUUUCUCCGUCUCUACCUACACUUUUAAACACUUAUUAAUCAUCAGUAAUGCUAUAAUGUAAUAAAUGCUCCUUUACUCUUCAAAAUGGUGCAAACUUAAUAUUGAAUGGCAAUAAUAUUAUAGUAGUUGCUAGAGAUUUCGUCUAAGUAGAAACUCUGAAUAAAGGUGUUUGUACCUUAAUAUAAUAUGAACGACUCAAACCUAGGUACCUAAAGUACCUUGUGUCUAAUGACAAAAUAUGAUGCUUUUUCUUGAAUUUAAUUCCUUUGUGAAAAAAUUCCAUAACAAUGUCUUCAACUACAUAUCCGACUAAAAUUAUAUUUACCUUAUUUGUCCUUUUUUAUAAUGCAGGAAAGUCGACGAUUUUAAAUUAGAUACCUACCUACUUAGUAAUAACCGAAGUGAUGUAUCAUAACUGAAUGCGUACCAAUCGUACCAUAAAUGUAUCUAGUACAUAAUACCUACGCUCUAGCAGUAGUUUAGAAGUAGAUCUCUACUCAUUACUUAUUCACAAAGAAGCUUGGCUAGGAUAUAAAAGUGUUGCAACAUUUGGCUUUACACGAUAGAGUGAAGUGAUGGUCUGUUUGUACAUAUUAUAUGCUUAUACAUAUAUGGUUUUGUUACAAUGUUGUAUUUAUUGUGGGGUUGCGAAUGUUUGUUGACCAAAUCGAAGAUGAUGAUGUAGAUCGUAAGUAACGUAACAGAGCAAACAAGUUGCUUUAUUUCCCACUUACGAACUAAUCUUUAAUUUCCUGAAUGAUGCUUAGAAAAAUUACCAAUUCUUAUAUUUUUUAAUCAAUAUUGUGACACUUCUCGGUAAGGCAUACAGAAAAUAAAACAGAAAUUAUAAAAC